ACCGUUUAGGCUAAACGGGCUUGAUACAACCGGCCCCAGAAUAAUGGCGGACAAGUCAGUUCGGCGUCCUGAUGGCCAGGGGCCGGUAGUAUAAAAGACUAGUUAAUAGUUAAAGACAGAAUUGGCCAAUCAGAGUUGUGUAUUUCUGAGUUAACUCUAUAUAGGAUUUAACUAUGCAAAAUGUAGUUAAAGCGUUUUAUACAACCGGCCCUAGAAACCAUGAAAGUCAUGCCAUUGACUAGUCGGUCAGAUAAUGGCGAACAAGGAUACGUAAAGACAAUUUUACAUCCCGUUCGCUCCGUCAUGCGGGCAAAGCUCGCCUUGCUUUUUAAGGCUUUCAUGCACAGUUUAUCCAAGGCUGCUUCGCCCACGCAAGCGUAGCGUGGGAAAUGGCUUCGAGACGAUAUGCGUGGGCACGCAAGAUUAAACCGGUUCCGACAUUCGUCUGAUAUCUCUUAUACAAAGUGCUUAUGACGUAAACAAAUUGUAGAGGGUGUAAGCAAACUGUGUGACGUGUCUAAGGAGUAGGGGUUCUUUUAAACAGUGUCGCAUCCUGAUACAGGGGGUGAAAGGGUGUCACCGGUAGUCUCACGUGAUAGACGUUUAAUGCUACGUGACUGAUGUUAUUGAAUAUAAAUUUGAUUUUCAAUCUCUAUGCAUGUGGAAAAAACCCUUGCAAAACACUGUGACUGAAACUCCUACUUUACCAAGUGAAUUUUCUCGAGUGAAAGAUGACAUUUUCAAUGCUGAUCACCACAACUCGUUUUUCACUUCGCGCAAAGAAAUUCCCCUGGUGAAAAUGAAAGUAAGACCAUUUCAUACCAGACUGAAAAUGUGGUAUGUAUUGUCUAUAAUAUUGCAGGGCUGUAUGUACGUAUGUAUGUAUGUUCUGAGUCACGUAAUUUUGAUAACGUUCAGCGCUAACGUUUCAACAUCAUGCACAGAGAAGUAUGUACCCCCGUGUCAAAGAUAGCUGAAAAGCGUCACGUAUUUUGCAAUCGACCGCUUAGAACAAAAUUCAUUUGUCAUCAUAUAUCCACUUCGAGCAGACUUAUAGUCAUUAAGAAUUCAAUGCAUGUGUAUAUAUACCCCCUGUCCCUGACACUAUAUAUAUACACACUAGACGUUCAGGCAUUGUUUAGGUAUUCAAAACAAUAGUCAUAAGAAUACCAAUAUUAUGGUAUCUUUCAAACAGUCUCCGUUUUUGCUACACCCUUAUCUUUUAAUUUUUUUUGCGCGAAUUUACGUAUUGCUAUUGUAUUAAUGUAUGAAUUAUUAAUACGUUCUUGAAGUAAAUUAUAUAACCGCGUUUGGAAUAGCUGUAAACACGGAGAUACGAAGCGAUAAUCGCACAGUUCGGAUAUGGAAAACAACGGCUUUACCAAAUCGCAUAAUUUCGAUACCGAAAGUGACCAGGAAAGAAACGACGGUGUAAAUACGACAGAAGAUGAAACGAACAAGGAAGAAUCAAUAAAUAUUGACGUCGAAUUUCAGGAAGACGUGCCAGUGUCUGAAGAUUAUGGAAGAUGCGGGCUGCCGAAAACUCGCAAAGAAUUGCAGCGACAAUUGCAUGGUCACAGAUUUCAGAUGGUCAUCAUCGGUUUUGUUGCGCUUGAUUUUCUCAUCGUGUUGGUCCAGCUGUUGCUGGAUAUACAAGUUAUCAGAGGAGUGCAUCACGAUCAUCAUGCGAUUGAGAUACUGCAUUACACAAGUAUCGGUAUUUUGGGCCUGUUUUUGAUUGAGGUUGUGAUAAAAGUGUAUGCUUUUGGAAUGGAUUUUUUUCGUCACAAGUUAGAGCUUUUCGAUGCAGUUGUCGUGGCCGUGUCUUUUGCACUGGAUGUUGCUUACAGUGGCAAUGUGGACGCCUGGGAUGCCGUUGGACUUUUAGUUCUCCUUCGACUGUGGCGAAUUGUAAGAAUUGUGAACGGAGUUGCUUUGUCCGUGAAAAUUGAAAUGGACGAGAAGGUGCAUCAUUUAAAGAAAGUUGUAGCUGACCUGGAAAAGCAGCUGGAAUAUUAUAAGAAUAAGUGCGACAAAGAAGAAGAGGUUUCCGACGAUACUUCGUUAUGAAUGAGGUCCCAAUCAUUGGAAAGCGAGAGUGGAAUAUAACGAACAUCGAAGUUUGGAAAACCCUGUUAAAACGUGACCGGCUUGUAUCAUACACUGUAUUGCAGCCUGAGUUUCACGUGACUGGGCAGAAGGUUGCAAGGUAGUAACGUGAAAAUGACGUGAUGAGUGGACACUGAGCCAGUGGUGUAACUGCUGAUGGACCAACGUAUUAAAAACUAAGAAUUAUACGCUUACUAUAGUUUGGGGGGGGGGGGGUGUUGUACUAUAAUUGGAU